CUGCCUACUGUAAAAAUGUUUCACCAGCUUUCCCUCCUGAACGUCUCAAAGCAAGCAUCAGCAGCAGCAGCGAGAAGAAGAACGGCUGCUGCAGCUCGAGGGAGCGAGGCUGCGAGGGGCGACGGCCGUUUCUCCAGAGAGGAAGAGCUCGAGCUCGAGCUCGACCUCCUGUCCCUUCCGGCAGUAGGGGGAAAGCAGAAAAUGGACGCGGCAGGUACCUCCAAGAGAGGUCGUCGUCCUCCUACCAAGCCACAGAAGCUCAAGUUCAAGCCGAAAGUGCCGUCGCGCAAGCCAAAGAAACCACCUGCACAAAAGCCACAACUGGAAGAGACAAAACCAAUUGAUGAAGAGUUAAUGAAGACACUGAGGACGGGACGAGGAGAUGCAAAAACUUUGCGAGUUAUAAAAGAUGAGCAAUCGGCACAGAAUUCCGACUCGAAGACGCUUUCUUCUGCAGCUGGAGUUAGCUUCCAAGCGGCGCAGUCAGGAAAGCACAAGCAACCAAAAAAUUCUCAGAAGGCACUUCAAAUCCCUAGGGCCUUCCCUGCCAAUCCAGAAAGGUUCUACGGUGAUGAAGAUGACGAGGACGAAGAUGAUGAUAAUGUUGUUCGAGAAGAUGACAAUGAUGUUGAGUUACCGGAGUCUCUCCCAUGCUCAACCGAAUGUGAAUCUUCCAUCCAUCCAGCGAAAGAGCUCAAUCUGCUCGUAGGCUUCUCUGAACCCUACACCAAUUACCUUGAUACUGUCAGGCACUUAUAUAACUCGUUCACAAAUUUGGGACGACAGGAACACGAAGACAAGACAAGGAUGUUCUUGUUCCAGUUGCCGAAAUCUCUUCCUCUGCUCAGAACACCAUCCACUGUAGUUCAUAGGAAUGGAAGGGCCAUUGUCAAGGAGGUGAAAGAAGGGUACAACCUGAAUGAUCUGCCAGGGGGGUACAUGGGCAAGAUGCUGGUGUACAAGAGCGGCAAGGUCAAGAUGAAGCUGGGAGAUGCCGUGUUCGAUGUGAGCCCAGGCACGGAAUGCGGGAUGCAGCAGCACGCAGUAGCGGUGAACACUAGAAGGAAACAUUGCUGCCAGCUUGGGGAGAUCGAGAGGCAGCAUGUCGUGGUGACCCCGGAUGUCAACUCCCUGCUGAAUGACAAUAGGGACUAGCUGCAACCCGCGAACCGAUCAAUUCUAAUAGCUUGGCAAAUAUGGUGUGCAUAUAUGCUAGAAUAACUUAUGCGUUUUAACUGCAUUAUGAUAAAUGUAAAUUUGUAGCUGUAGCCUGUAGCUGUUGGUAGCACUCGUGUCACAGCAGUAGUCUAGAAAUGCUGCUUGCAGCUGAUGAGUGCUGUAUCUUGAGUACCCUUGUAUCUUACUAGCAGGCAGAAGGCGCAGCGGCACGCUGCGCCCGUGUUUAAACACGUUGUUGUUUGAGUUAUAUUGAGGUUUUUCUUAAUACCAAUGAAUUCUAUUAAUGCUA